CUCGUAUUCAGCUCGCGUUACCAUUCCCGAACCAGCCACCCCUCGUAGUCGCCGAAUCACGCUCCCCCAGCGCUGGCUCUCUCCCUUGUCCUGCCCCAUGCGACGGCUUGCGCCAAUUCCAGCCCGCCGCAGUACCAAUGGAGCCACCAUGUAACGCCCAUAUGGGCGAACCCCUCCCCGAGUGUCGCACGCCUCCUAUACUAUCGUUUGUGCAACGUCUUUUCCGUGGCCUGGACGUGCGCGCUCUCCUGAUUGAGGAAGCGUGAGUCUCUAUACCACUCGGCCGCUCACGCAUCAUGAUUCUGGCAUUCGUUUCGUCGUGAUUCGUCUCUAAACCGGUUUUCCGCGUCUUCCUAAUCCCAAUAAUUCCCCCGUCGCUCGCUACAGAAUGCGCUUCCGAAGACGAGACACAUCCUCGUCGACGCCUGAGCCAUACGUGGUACCGCCCUCGCAGGAGUUCGACGGCAAUGAUGGGAGCUGGAGCACAUUCAAGAUCAGUGUGGGCACACCGGGGCAGGACUUUAGGGUCCUGGCGUCGACAAAAGCGGGAGAAACAUAUGUGAUAGUGCCAGAGGGAUGUCAAGCAGGCGUGGACCCGUCGGAUUGUCCCCAGCUGCGCGGAGCGGAGAUAUUCAACAGCGCGCAGAGUCCCGGCUUCCUGUCCAACGUUUCUUCAACGUGGUCGACCAUCGGACAGUACGAUGUGGAGUUAGAACAAAGCCUGAAUUAUACGGCGCGAGCAAUGUUCGGAUUCGACAAGGUGGCGCUAGGACCGGCGGCAGACGACACGUCUCUGUCAUUAGACCACCAGGUCGUAGCUGGAGUUGCUGAGCUUGACUACUACAUGGGAAGCAUACCUUUGGGCGUCCCAGACUCCAGUUUCUCAAGCCUGAGCCAAUCCAUCGAUUCCUUCCUCUACCAGCUGCGAAACGGUACCAAGAUCCCCAGCCUCUCUUUCGCAUACACCGCUGGCGCAAAAUACCGCCUAAAAUCUGUCUUUGCAAGCCUCAUCCUCGGAGGCUACGACUCGACACGCUUCAAACCAAACGAUAACGACUUCACUUUUUCCUUUUCCACUGACCCCUCGCGUCUCCUAACUGUAGGCGUAGAAUCCAUAACCGCCACAAACACCCUCAAAGGAACAUACUCCCUCUCCUCCGGCGCACAUUUCUCCCUCGUCGACUCCACAGUCCCGCAUCUCUGGCUGCCCCGCGACGUAUGCGAUGCCUUCGAAGCCGCCUUCGGCCUGACGUACGAUGCCACCACCGACCUCUACACCAUAAACUCGACCAUGCGCGACCAGCUCAAAGCCCGCAACCCCUCCAUAACCGUCAAACUCGUCAACUCGAUGGAAGACACCACCACAAACUACACAAACAUAAUCCUCCCCUACGCAGCCUUCGACCUCCAAGCCUCAUACCCCUACUACCCCAACGCAACAAACUACUUCCCCAUACGCAGAGCAGCAAACGAGUCCCAAUACGUCCUCGGCCGCACCCUCCUCCAAGAAGCCUACCUCAUCGUCGACUACGAGCGCGCAAACUUCACCGUCGCCCAAGCCGUCUUCCCCGACCCGCUCCCCGCCGCCAAAGUCGUCACUAUCCAGCCCCCGGGCUCCUCCUCCAACGACUCCCAAUCUGGACUCAGCACCGCCGCAAUAGCAGGCAUCGCCGUCGGCGCCGCCAUCCUCCUCAUCAUCGCCCUCCUAAUCGCCCUGCUCUUCCUCCGCCGCAAAAAGCGCUCCCGCCGCCAAAAGUACGAACUAGCCAACACGCAAAUCUCCGAAUCCGCCUCCCUCGCCGUCUCCUCCCCCGCGCCGCACAAAGUACACCACGAGCCGCAAGAGCUCGGCGGCACAGCAGUAGCCGAGUUGGCGUCCCCCCGCCACGGCGGACAUAACAAGCCCUUCCUGAGCCCGAACCACCAUGUGCCGCAGGAACUGCCGCUGACGCCUGCGGCGCCGCGCUGGCAGGAAGUCACCGCCGAGCAGAUGGGCCAGGCCCGCGUGCAGUACUACGAGAUGGACGGCGCGAGCAGCAUUGUGCCGAGUCGCAAUGUGAGUCGGGCGCCGAGCGAGGAUGGGCGGGGCAGCGAUGCGCGGUAUUCGGGCGUUUCGCCGUUGACGGCGAGAUUUCAUUGAGCUCAUUAAUCAUCUAAAGGGCAUAUUUUGGGGUUUUGGACUCUUUUCGUAUACAUAGUUUUGAAGCGUUUGAUACGAUACCAUUUGUAUAUACCCGCGAUGAUCGACGACGCCGGAGUUUUGAUCCUGGUAUAGGUAUAGGUGUAGGAUGAACUAGUUUGUAAUGCCAUGUGCGAGAGCUACGGCCUAUCAUUCAU